AAUCCCAUCUCUCUCAAGUCUCAACUUACUUAUUAGGAAGGAGCACAUGAAAAUGGCAGCUCUUAACCUCAGCUCACUUGUUCUUGCCUCAUCCUUCCUGUUGCUGCUCUCCAGUUCUGCCAUUGCAGCAGCACCAGCACGAGCACCACCCCCACCCUCGUUGGAAGGGCUCCUCAGAAAUGGCAACUUUGAGAUCUCCCCCAAGUCGAGCAACCUCAAGAAGACGGUCAUCAUAGGCAAGCACUCGCUCCCCGAAUGGGAGAUCCACGGCCUCGUCGAGUACAUCUCCGGCGGGCCUCAGCCCGGCGGGAUGUUCUUCCCCGUAGCACACGGGGUCCAUGCGGUUCGCCUUGGGAACGAGGCCUCCAUCUCCCAAACGAUACCGGUCAAGCCAGGGUCGCUCUACGCCCUGACCUUUGGGGCAUCGAGGACCUGUGCGCAGGACGAGGUGCUGAGAGUGUCGGUGCCUCCGCUGUCGGGGGAUCUCCCGUUGCAGACGCUCUACAGCAGCGAUGGCGGGGACGUCUAUGCUUGGGGGUUCAAUGCCACUUCUAACGUGGCCAAAGUGAUCUUCCACAAUCCCGGGGUUCAGGAGGAUCCUGCCUGUGGCCCUCUCUUGGAUGCUGUUGCCAUUAAAGAGCUAUUCCCUCCAAAGCCCACCAGAGCUAACCUGGUUAAGAACCCUGGCUUCGAGGAAGGUCCUCACCGCCUCUUAAACUCAUCCAACGGAGUCCUCCUCCCUCCCAAACAGGAAGAUCUCACUUCCCCACUUCCCGGGUGGAUCAUCGAGUCCCUCAAGGCUGUGAAGUUCAUCGACAAGAAGCACUUCAACGUUCCGUUCGGGCUCGCCGCGGUGGAGCUUGUGGCGGGGAGAGAGAGCGCAAUAGCCCAGGUCAUCAGGACAGUCCCCAGCAAGUGCUACACGAUGACAUUCACCGUGGGGGAUGCCAAGAACGGCUGCCAUGGAUCUAUGAUGGUCGAAGCUUUCGCGGAUAAGGAGACCUUCAAAGUCCCCUUCCAGUCUAAGGGGAAGGGCACGUCCAAGACCGUGAGCUUCAAGUUCAAGGCCCUCGCAGCAAGGACAAGGCUCACCUUCUUCAGCUCAUACUACCACACGAGGAUUGAUGACUAUGGGUCCCUUUGUGGUCCUGUGCUCGACCAAGUUCAGUUUGCCCCACUGGCUAGAUGUUAGAUCUAUCUAGUAAUUAAUAAGAAAUAAAAUUAAAUUAGACGCAAAAAAGAAAAAAAAAAGGUUUAUUAAUAGCAAUAUACGGAGUCCACCAGGAACGGGUUUCCCCGUUUUCCAUUGAGAAUCUCUCCUUUUUUUUUUUUUUUUUUUUUUUAAAUUGAGGGUGUAUUUUCACCAUAGACCUAGAUCAGGCACAUGAUAAGCUCGUAAGUUGUCUGAAACAUUUAAUGGCCGUUCUCCGAAUUUUCCGUGCUAUUGUUGAAGAGAAGAUGCGAUCUGUAUUUGUAUUGUAUUGGCAAGAUAUUGCAAAAGGAAGCAAUUCAAAUGA